UUUUUUCCUUAUUGAAUUAGAGACUUGAGUGCACGCAUCCCUGGUCAGCAGAGGAAUGAAUUCCUGGACUAUCCCAGCUACCCCAGGAGCUGAGCCAUUUGCAGAGGUUCCGGCCAGCUUCCUUGCCGAUUAUGUUUCUGACCACGGCCAGUCUCCUGCCAUCUGGAGGGGGCCGUCUCUGCUCAAGGACUCUUUGGAGCUACCAGCUGGGCUUGGUGACAUGAAUGGCAUCUUCUACUGGAGUGACAACCUGGACCAGUGCAUUGCCUACCUCCACAAGGAACUAGGGGCCCUGGGGCUGCCUGCCCUCUAUGAUGGAUCCGGGACAGAUGCUGAGCAUGGCUUCAGCCUGCAGGCGCUGGUGAACGGUACCUGUGGGCUGCUGAAUCUCUACCAAAGUGUUUCUGCCAAGCUGGGGGACAUGGAGGCAGAGGAGAUCCGGCGGGCUGGGGAGCUAGACUACUUGCGGACGCGGCAAGCAAAACUCAAGGACCAAGUAGAAGCUUGCGAGAAGGAAAUCACGGCUGUGCAGAAUAAGGAGCAGCAACUGCAGAGCAAGAACAAGCAGCUGAAUAGCUUGCUGAAAGGAGAGAAGGAUGAAAUCACCAAGCUCUUGAAUGCCCUGUCGAGCCGAGCAGCCCAGCACCUGCAUGAAAUGAAGAGGAAGGAGCAAGAGGUGAACCGGCUGAAGGAGAAGAUGAGCCAGCUGGUGACGGAGAAGAAGGACAAGAGAGGAACUAUUGAGAUCCUCAAUGCCUUGCCCCGGCCUGAUGGUAAGAGGUCAACCUGGAAAACAGGGAAAUCUCUUGGCAAGAAGGAGGAGGAACUCUACCGUAUCCAGUUGGCCAGGCAAGAACAGCGGGAACAGGGCCUGGCAGAGGAAAAUGCCAAGCUGAAGCAGUUGCUCCUCCAAGUGGGCCAAGACAUGCAGCACCUGACGGGCACUGAUGGAGAUAUUAUCCAGGGCACAGAGCAACACUUUCCGUGUGAGAUCUUCCAGGAGCAAUGGUCCAGAUUCAGACACAGGAUGGAGACCCACAGUAGGCAAGCUAUGAGGGCCUCCAGUUCCCAUACAUCUGAAGGGGAUGAACAAGACCCUGUCAUCAGCGUCACCGACCAUGACAAGGAGAUAAUGAAGCUGAAGGAGGAGAUUGAGCACAGCAAAGCACUGAUUGCCCUGCAGCAGCGGUGUUUCCAGGAGCAACUGGCUGCUUCCAUCAACACAGAGCUUCCGGCUCACCUGAAGGGCUCCUACUUCUUGGAAGAACAGCAGCAGUUGCAGGAAGCGCGAGAAGCCUUUGAGGAGCAGCGGCUGGCAUUUGAGGAGGAGCGGAAGAACUUCACAGAGGCGGCCAUUCGGCUGGGGUGGGAGAAGAAGCAGUUUGAGGAAGAGAAGGCCGUCCUCUUGAAGCAAGAGUUCUUGUGUUCGUUGCCGAGGCUGGAAGUCCAAGACCCCAAGCGGAGGUUUUCUGCCCCGGUUGCUGCCAGAGAACACGACCACUUCCACAGACUGAGGAGGAGAUCCAAGCCCAUCUCUACUCCGUAUCCCAAGGUCAUUAUCACUCCAAGCCACACCCCAAUGGCGCUCUUCAGAAACCAGCUGUGGCCACUCAGUCCUAAUCUGAGCACCCCUGCCAGGGCAGAAUCGCACAGGCAAAAGCCGCGCCUCCCGACAGAUGGGCCUGUUUCUUCCCUGUGCUUCAGCCAAAGAAAGGAGAAUCGCCAAGACACAGCUUGCCAAACAGAAAUGGCUAUGAACUAUGACCUUCAAGGUGUCCUGGAUUACUCCACGGAAAAUUCCUUCUAAGGGAUGCCAGCUCCCCCAUGUCACUGGAAUUCAAAAAUACCCAUCAAUUUGUCGAAAUAUAUUUUGCCACUAUUGUGCAGGGAAAGAAAACUCUUGGGAUGGAGUGCUAUGGAUUUAUUCUGCUAGUAAAGGUUGUUUCCUCCAGUGAGAGCUCCUGCUGCACACAGGACAGAUUUGCAGGUUCUAAAAAUGAAUGGCAGCACCACUGAAUGCUGAGCCUGAUGGGUUUCAUCUACUGUACGUCUGCUUUUUAAGAAUGGGGCAAAGUUUAGAUAGGCGAGCCCUUCUUUCUUAUCCAUAUUUAUGAAUGGAUCAAUGGAAAUGGUUUCUGCGAAAUGCAUCUGUUUUUCUGUAUACAUGAGAUUCAAAGUGUGAGCCUUGAGAUCCUAUAUAUUUUAUA